AAAAAAAAGAAAAGUAUGCCCCUUUUCCUUUCUUGAGACUCCCUUCCUUCCUACCUUCAUUAAAGUCCAAAACUUAUGAGAGUGUGGUUCAGGUGGAUAGAAUGAGUAGUGUCACGGCGAAAGCCACGGCCACGGGGGCCACGCAGACCAAGUUCAUAAAAUGUGUCACGGUUGGGGAUGGAGCUGUUGGGAAGACAUGUCUUCUCAUCUCAUACACCAGCAACACUUUCCCAACUGAUUAUGUUCCCACUGUGUUUGAUAACUUCAGUGCCAAUGUCAUGGUUGAUGGGCAGAUUGUCAAUUUGGGUCUUUGGGAUACUGCUGGUCAGGAAGACUAUAACAGGUUGAGACCUCUAAGUUAUAGAGGAGCUGAUGUUUUCAUCCUUGCUUUCUCCCUUAUAAGUAGGCCUAGCUAUGAGAACAUAUCCAAAAAAUGGGUCCCGGAGCUGAGACAUUAUGCGCCAUCAGUGCCCAUUGUUCUCGUGGGGACCAAAUUAGAUUUAAGAGAAGACAGGCAGUUUCACAUGGAUUAUCCAGGGGCAUGUACCAUUUCCACUGAACAGGGUCAAGAGCUGAAGAAGCAAAUAGGAGCAUUGGCUUAUAUAGAGUGCAGCUCAAAAACACAGCAGAAUGUGAAAGCUGUAUUUGAUGCCGCUAUCAAGGUGGUUCUUCAACCUCCAAAGGCCAAGAAACAUAAGAAAAGACCAAGGAUCUGCUAUGUUCUUUAAGCAAAUCCCCACAUGUGUACUAAUGCCAAUUGCCAAGUCCCAGAUGAACACGACACUCUUCUCCAAUAGUUCUGCUGUCUAUUCCUCUUCCAAUUUGUUAUUACUUCUGUUGAGUGCUUCCUCUGUUUUUUAAGUAGGAAAAAAACUCGUUGUUUAAUGCCUGGAGUUCCUCAUUAGACCAUUGUAUUCCGAUUAAUCUGUGUUUGGAAAUAUUACCUUUAAGAAAUCAAUGAUGUUGCCUUAAAUUCUCAAGUGCAAUGUCAAAUUGUUAAUCCAUAACUGAUGCAUGGUAAUACGGCAUGCCCAAAAGGACAAGUAUAAUAUAUGGAUGGAACUCAC